CAUCCACUAAUCUAUAAAAGGAGUAAUAGAUUCCCAAACUUGUUUCUCAUUCACCAUUCUUCAACUCAGUUCAAAGAGGAGAUAGAGAGAAAAUGACGGAAUUUCAGAAACAAGAAAGAGGAGUGAAGAAGAUGAAGAUAGUCGCUAAGAUUAUAGCCUUGGCUUCCAUUUUCUCUCUUGUUCUAUCUUACUCUUCUUUAGUCUCCUCUCUUCAACAAAGUCUCCAUUUGCUUUCCAUGUAUAUCAACCUUGUGGACAAGAAGUACAUGUUCUUGUUAUGCAAUGGUAUUGUAGGCUUUAUCAUGGGGAAUUUCAAAACCCUUUUGCACGGCACAGCCAUGAACAUCGUUGAAGAAACGGAAGAACUAAGGAUCAACCACACGCGAAAAUCAGAAAUGAAGAAUGUAGUGGCUCUACUUGGAGAACAGCGUGUAUCCAAAAAAGAGGAGGGAGAAGUAGUGGCACUACUUGGAGUACAGCGUGUAUCCAAAGGAGAAGGAGUAGUGGCACUAAAUGGAGAACUGUGUGUAUCCAAAGAAGAAGAAGACGGAGAAGAAAGGGUUGAUUUAUUAAGAGAAGAAGAAGUUAUAAUGGUCUUUGAGGAUGACAAUGGAGGUAAAGACCUCACUGUCAUUACAAUAGAUGAGCAUGAUGAUGAUGAUGAGAUAAAUGACAACUUAUUAAGUUCGGAAGAUUUGAACAAGAAAUGUGAGGAGUUCAUCAGGAAGAUGAAAGCUGGGAUCAGAUCAGAGUCCAGGAAGUUACUUACCUCUUAGAUAUGUGAUUGUUUUUAGAGUAUGUUCAUCAACUUAGCGUUAGUAUAUUCAUAUUAUGUGCUAGAUAAUUUUAAUGUUUUCUCUUUUUUUUUUUCUAUUUUGAAUAGAUUCUGUAUUUUGGUAACUUUAAUCACUGCAACAAGAAACUAAUAACCCAAUCCAAUCUAAGAACA